AUGACUGAUCUCAAAGUCACGCCGGGGCGCAUUCCUCUGCCCAUCCGCAACGGACCCGCGAAAAUCCAGCUCAACCGGAUUAGCCACGUCUACCACUCCCAUCCCGACCUCGACGCAUUCAACGCAUUCGCCAAGGACUUUGGGUUUAUCGAAGAUUCCCGCGACGAGAAGAGUAAGACGAUAUACUACCGCGGAUACGGCAGAGACAAGUGCGUAUAUGUCGCCAGCGAGAGCCACGAUGGCGGCCGCCAUUUCGGCGGCGUUGCCUUUAUUGCGCAGACGGAAGAGGAUUUUCUCAGAGCGUCUAGGCUUGCUGCGGCGACGACACCGGUGAGGGAGUAUACCGGUCCUGGCGGCGGCAAGAUCGUAACAGUGGAGUCGCCGUCUGGGACAAAGGUCCACGUCCUUUGGGGGGUGGAGGAGCGCCCAGUCCCAAGCAAGGCAGACACUCAAACGGAGGUACAUAAGGGAGGGUAUAACACUGCCUUGCAGAAGUCCAGAAAGGGUGGUAUGUGCAUAGGCGAAUUCCAACGAUUCAAGCUCGGCCCGGCCAUGAUUCACAAACUCGGUCACGUUGGGUACGUGACAGCCCUGUUCGAUGAAGACGUGGCCUUCUACACGCAGACCUUCAACUUUGUUCCCUCUGAUGUUCUCUACGAAGAGAAUGCUGCGACAGGCGCGCAGACUGACGCCCUCACCUUCAUGCAUCUCGAUCACGGCAAGGAGUACGUCGACCACCACACCGUCUUCCUUUCACGCGCGCCACCGGAUUUCAAUGAAAAGCAAAAAAUGCACCACUGCUCGUUCGAGGUGGAGGAUUUUGACACCCAGCUACUGGGCCACGAGUACCUGCUCAGCAAGAAGUGGACGCCCAUCUGGGGCGUAGGCCGGCAUAUCCUCGGCUCGCAGAUCUUUGACUACUGGAAGGACCCGAGCGGGUUUGCGAUUGAACAUUAUGCUGAUGGUGACCUGGUGAACGAGGAUAAUGAGACAGGGAGGGAGAAGAGUGAGGGUGCUGCGUCGAUGUAUAUCUGGGGGCCGGUGAGGCCGGAGGCCGGGGUUGCAUAG